GUGGGUUCCUCUUCAAUUUCCCUGCUGCAAAGCAGCUUAAUAUUAAGACUCUGGGAGGACUGGGAGGACUGGGGGCAGGGUAGAAAUGUUGGAGCUGGCUGGGGUUGGUGUUAUGAGGGAGCAAAGUCUCCUGGAAAAUGGAGAAGAAGCUUAUUCUUUAGACCCCAGGAGGAUGUGAUAGAGAACUGAAAACUCCAAGUCAGAUUGGAAAAGAGGAAACAUGAAAUAGAAAAAGUUGAGUUGGAGGGGAAAACAAAAUGUGCAAAGGGCUUUCUUCCUCUCCGCCCCGACAUUUCCCACUCCUGAUCUAAUGACAGGGGUGUCACACCUAUGUGUGAGACAAGGCACAAGCCAUUGUGGAGGAAAGAAUCACAGAAGAAAAGGCGUUUGCACUUUUGCUGCAACAGAAAGUGAGAGAGAAUCCUUCUGACUCUGACUCUGGCUCUGUUGAUGUCCUUUCCUCUGUUCAAAUAAGCAGUAUCAAGGAUGGGAAGACCUUUGCUCUCCGUUACUCUCCUUUCUUUCUUGAUGAGCCUGGGCUCAGGUUGGGCAUGGAGUACUCCUGAUUGCACCAUAGCAGACAGCUCACUGUUAUCUAACAUCUCCUACUACAUCCCAUCGUGUCCCUUGGCACCAGGACUGCACCUUUUUGCAUCAUGCUCCAAUGUUAGUGACCUGGCUCAGACUCUGACAGCACUGCCCAGGAGAUUAGAGGCACUAUGCCUCCAGGGCACAGUUCCUGUCCUGCCAGCUGAUGCUUUUGGACACUUCCCUACACUACAGCUACUGAGGCUGCAGCUAGGCACUCUCAGAAUUACAUCUGGAGCAUUUCAGGGAUUGGACCAGCUACAGCACCUUUUCUUUGAGCAUCCCACUCCCUGUUGCCUGAGUCUACUCCUCCCUUCAGAUGCUCUCGAGCCCCUCAGAUUCCUCAACAGCCUUUCAUUCCAAGGCUAUUGCCUGAAUUCUAGCCAGAACAUCCAGUUGCCUCUCAGUCUUAGUCGUCUGACUCUGAGGCACAGCUGUCUGACAGAUCUGCAGGAAUUGCAAGGACUCUUCCCAAGCCUUGUGCCUGGUUCCUCUCCUACUGCCAUCUCUAGCCCAUGGCCCCCAUUUCUGGAGGUUCUGGAUCUCUCUGCCAACAUGCAGCUGAGUCGGGUUGGUGUCAAAACCUUGCGUGGCCUCCAACUCCAUUCUCUGAGACUGGAUGGCACUCCUCUGAGUGCAUUAGAGCUCCUUGCCUCAGGGCUGCUUCACCUGGAUUCCCUCUCCCUUGUGGAUACAGGUGCAGAAAAACUGCCUGGGAAUGUGACAGCCUACUUUGAGCUUUCUACACUCGAUCUUGGAAGGAACCAAAUCCAGCACAUAGGGGAUGAGGACCUCUCAGGCUACCACUCCCUAGAACAUCUCAACCUUCAUGCCAAUGGUCUGCAUUCACUGCCCACUAGGUUCUUGAGUGCCUUGCCCCAGCUUCAAAGGCUUAACCUGUCAAUGAACAAGUUGGGCCCAACCUUAGUGCUCCCAGAGGGGCUGGUCAGCUCAAACCUGAGAGUGCUAGAUCUGUCCCACAAUGAGCUCAGUGCUCUUCCCUCUGGGGCCUUCUCCUCUCUUCCUCAACUCGAGGAGCUCUGGCUGGGUGGUAACAACAUCUCUAACUUAUCCAGUGAGGCCCUAGAGGGGUUGAGGUGGCUGAAGACCCUAGAUCUAAGUUGGAACCAAAUUAAGGUGCUGAAACUGGGCUGGCUCUCCUCUCUUCCUGCUCUCAUCUCACUGAACCUCCUGGGGACUUAUAUAGAGAAUUUCUCUGGCCGGCUGCUUCAGGGUCCCCAGAAGCUGAGCCAUCUAUGGCUGGGUUCUCCUGAGAUUCUGGAGCUCUACCCUCCCUGGCCUUUGACACUGCUCAACUUAGAAGUAUGGGCACAAUCGUACAUCCAGUUCAGAGUCCCACGUGGAAAACCCUUUCAGUUCUUGGAGAGCCUUACCUUACAAGCAUCUUAUGUGUUGCUGCACCCAGGCAACAACACAGUCCAUUUCCCUUCCCUGCGUCACCUCACCCUGAGAGGCUGCAGCCCCGGUAUUUUCUCUACCCAUAAAUCCCAGAGAUUCUUCCCACAGCUGCAUUCCUUGGAGCACCUGCACUUCUGGUCUUAUCAUGGGGGUACAGAAGGCCUACAACUGUUUGGGCUGCCCAGGCUGCGAGUGCUGGAGCUAGGGAACCUGGACAGCCUCUCUGAAUCAAGGCCUGUGAAUCUGGAGGUGCUACUGGAGGAUCUGCCUCAAUUAGAAGUACUGGCAUUGAGCAAUCUAAACCUUGGGAACCUCUCAGUCUCCAGCUUCAGGGGCUUGGGCCUCCUCCAGCUGCUGCUGCUGAACUCUGAAUGGGCCCUGGGGCUGGACAGCAGCCUCCAGGAAUUCAUUCCCCAGAUGCCUCAAUAUGUGUAUUUCUCAGAUGUCACUUUCAUCUGCCAGUGUGAAAGCUCUUGGGUAGGGCCUUGGGCAGCACGGGCCCCAAAUACCUUUGUGUAUGGGCUAGAGAAAUCUAUCUGCAUGGCCAAUGCCUCUGACUAUUUCAAGACUCCAUUGCUCUCUUUCCUUUCUGGUCACUGCCCAGAUAAUCUUGAGCUUCAGAGCUUUCUAAUCAGCUUCACUCUGGUGGUCUUGGUGAUCAUUUUUGCUUUGCUUGGCUGCCCUAACUGGUCCUGGCUCCACCAUCUCCAGGCCCUAUUUCAUGCCUGGUGGUGGAAGUUGGGUGGCCGGAACCACAGAAGCCAAUACCACUAUGAUGUCUUUAUAUCUUAUUGCAGGCAAGACCGAGCCUGGGUGUUGGCAGAGCUGAUUCCUGCCCUGGAAAAGCCUCUUCCAGCUGGCGAGGGCUUGAGGUUAUGCCUACCAGAGAGGGAUUUUGGGGUUGGACAGGAUAGGAUGGAAACAACGGCGGCCAGCAUAGAGAGCAGCAAAACCACCCUGUGCGUGCUCAGCCACCAGGCCCUGGGCAGUCCCUGGUGCAAUCUAGAAUUAAGGCUGGCCACCUACCGCUUGGUGGCCAAGCCUGGGACUACUAGCCUCCUGCUGCUCUUUCUGGAGCCUAUUGAUCGGCGGCAGCUGUGCAGCUACCACCGUCUUGCCCGGUGGCUUCAGAAGGAGGACUACUUGCAUUUGCCCCAAAGGAGUGCCGACUGGGAGGCUUUCUGGGAGCAGCUUCGGAGAAGGCUGAGGAAAGCUGUACAAGAGAAAGAGGAUUAGUGGACUAUAAAAGAGAGGUUCAGCCAUAUGGGAAUACCUCCCAACAGGUCCCUGGGUUACCAUCACAUCACUGGAAGCAGGCUCACAGAUGGGUCUCUAGGCAAUGCUUAGCUAAAGCCCAAUUUUCCACUAAAAAUAAUACAAAUAAAGAAAUCAAAUUCCAUUGGGUAAUAUAUUUAAAAGCACUUGGAAGCAAACAAGGUAUCAAUUCAAAAUAAAUAAAUAAAUAACUCUACUACCUGCUAGUCCCCUCACAAGAUAGGCACUGUCUAAGAAAGAGCACAGGGAUGUGUUUUCUAAAAUGACUUCCGCAUUUUUCAAAAUGAAUUUGUUCUGCCUCUGUUGAAAGCAAUGUAUUUACUUGGACUUGCUAAAUAUUCUACUUUAUUCUGGAAGAAAGGCCAAGAAUCAAUAAGCUAUGUGUUAGUGCCUGGAAAUUGGACCGAAACCAAGUUUCAAAUUCACAAAUUGUCCAACAAAUUCAGAGAGCUUUCCUAACUCGUGACAUUCUCGUGAUAACUGUAUUAUGUAGGUGGGAGCAAUAAUUUGAUCCCAUGUUACACAUUGGGAAUCUAAGCAUAUAAAGGUUAAGUGAUGUACCACACUCCCACAGCUACUAUAUCACCAAGUUCAAAUCUAGACCUCUGAGUCACAAUCCAGUUCUCUACGCUUGUUACUCUACUGUCUUCCAGUCAUCCCUAACCAAUGACAAAUUACCAAGCUACAAACUUAAAACAGGAAGCCUGGCAAAUAUAUUUCAAAUACACAUACGUAUAAUCUAUUUUCAAGAACUGUUUCUAAAGAGGAGCACUUAUGGUACAGUGGUUAAGAACUCCUCUGCUAACCAAAAGGUCAGGAGUUUGAAUCCAUCAGCCACUCCUUGGAAACUCUACAGGGCAGUUCUACUCUGCCCUAUAGAGUCUCUAGGAGUCGGAAUCAACUUGAUGGCAACAGAUUUUUUUUAAAAGAAAAGUAACAAAUUCCAGUAGAUUUACAUAAAAUAUUUUAAGUGCCCCCAAAGAGACAAAUGAUUAGAUAAGAAAGAAUACACUCAUAAGAACGGAAUAUCAUGAAUCCACGAAUAAUCAUGCUUUGAGGAAUACUCAGUUCUACAGAAAGAGAUUCAUGACAUAAUAUUGAAAAAAAAUUUACAAACUCCAUGUACUAUGAUUCCAAUUUUGAAAAAAGAAUUUCAUAUGUAUCUACCUAAUGUCUAAAAUAUGUACAGAGAGAAGACUAGAAAUGUAAACUAGAAAUGACGCUAGAAACGGGAUUAUAGAUGAUUUCAAUUUCUUCCUAUACAUUUAUAUAUUAUUCAUUUUUUCUAAAAUAAACAUUUACUUCAUAAUAAAAUAAAAUCAAUGCUUUAUCAUAAAAUAAUUUAACUAAUAAUCUGAUAAAAAAUAAUUUAGCUAGUUUAAAUAGU